AAAUGCAGACAGGGAUAAGAUGCAGAGGGAGCAUACUGCGCAUAUAUAGUUAAAAAACAAUCACUCUAGCUCAGUCUCUCUCUCUCUCCGAAGCACCGGGGAAAAAAUAAAAAAACCCGCUCUCACUCCCAGUCUGACAUUGAGGAAGCGUAAACUUAUAGUUCACAGGUACACGCUGUCUUCUCUCUAGUGAAUCCAAUCCAAUCCCAUCCAUUAUGGAUCCUCCAUUGAUAAACGAGACCUCCUUCUCUGCGGCGAACCCAUCUUCCUACACAUUAAAUGAGAUUUGGCCUUUCCCACCUCCUCCUCCUUCUUCCACUCGUUUGGGCCUCCGGAUGGAUAAUUUGGCCGACCCAGAUGGGUCCCUUGAGGAAUCCACUUUGACAGAUCAGAGUAGUGGAAAUGGAACUAGGAUUAGGAAGACCAGAGAUUUCAGUUCCGAGAAGGAUGACUCGUCCAAAAUGGUUUCUACCACCACUAGCGCCAAUGAUUUGAAUGAUUCAAAUGGUAAGCGGAGGAAAAUAUCGGGAUCAAGGAGUGAAAACAACGAUUCAAGAGCUGAAACUGAAGCAAGUUCUGCUGCUAAUAACAAGAAAGCUGAACAAAGCAGUAAACCAUCAGAGCUGCCUAAGCAAGAUUAUAUUCAUGUCAGAGCAAGAAGGGGCCAAGCGACUGAUAGCCACAGUUUAGCGGAGAGAGCUCGGAGAGAAAAGAUCAGUGAGAGGAUGAACAUACUCCAAGAUCUGGUCCCUGGAUGUAAUAAGGUUAUCGGCAAAGCACUUGUCCUUGAUGAGAUAAUUAAUUAUAUCCAGUCACUCCAAUGUCAGGUUGAGUUCCUCUCAAUGAAGCUAGAAGCAGUAAAUUCAAGGAUGAACACUAGCCCCAUGACUGAACACCUUCAUCCAAAAGAUUUUUGCAUGUAGGUUGACAGUUUUACACAUGGGCACGCAAAAAGCAGCCAAAGGUUUCUCGUAGUGAGAGCAAUAUUAACCUCAAGAGAGGCUUCUUGCUGUCAAUCUCAUGUCAUAUUAACAAUUGCUCAUGUUUUUGAACAAGCAAACAAAUGUAUUCUAUGGUGUAUUCGUAAUCCAGUCAAGGGACUCCAUUACUUCUGUUUGGUUUUUCAUCAUUCCAGCCCACCCCCACCCCCCAUGGGUGUCUGUUUGGGGAAGGAGGGAGGGGUGGGGUGGGGAUUGUGCUCUCCUGCUUUUAUAUAGUUGAUUCAUAUGUUCAUUACCAUAGAGCAUUUACAUAUAAA